AUGGACGUCAAGGUGGAUGAAGUCAAGGUGGAAGUUGAAACUGCUGAUAUCCCCCAAAUGGGUGACCGUAGUACUCCAAAGUCAAACUCCAAAACCCCAAAGGAAAAAGCUCAGGAUUCUAGAGAUACCGAUAGCACAUUCCCAGAGCUACCGGCCAGUACAGUCCUGCUAGAAGACAUACCAACUGUUCCUGAUGUACCAAAUUACGCCUCUGGUACUACUAUCAUGGACGAAAACAUGUACGACAGCGACAGUACCAUCACAGAUCCCGAUAUGGCCGAUUACCUCCUUGCUAUUCGGGACACUGACAGUCCUGAUAUAGCUGAUAUACAGAACACUAUCAAUCCUGGUAUGCGGAAUACUGCCCUCCAUUCUGCCGCUCGAAACAAUGUCGGUUCUAUUGUUCAGGAUACUGUCAAUCAUGCCAUGCAGAGCACCAUCCAUCCCACCAUGCAGAACACCGGCGUCAACCCUGCCAUACGGAACAUGGUCAAUUUUGCCAUACAGAAUGCUAUCAAUCCUAACUUCGAUCCUGCCAUCCAGAAUAACAUCCGCCCUAUCGUGCAGAAUACCAUCAGCUCUACUAUGCAGGACGCCGUCAAUCCUGCUAACGCAUUCGGUGCUCUCGUGGAGCCUCCCGAGCCAUACAAGUCUGCGCUUCCCGAUGCCGGCGAAUCUGAUAAUGACACAACGAUGUCUGAAGUCGCUGAAGAAGCCGACCAGGUCCGAUCUUCACCCUGUAGUUCUGAAGUUGAAAACGGAAUAAGAGGUCAUAACCCUAUGAGCAUCAGUUGGAUCGUGCACUCAAGAAAUACUGAGCCUAGUCGAUCGUCGUCGGCAAUCAUUGACCCUGCACCCGGUCUCAGCAACGCCGCGGACUCCUCAAUUGCCUACUCGCACGCGCAGUCCAGACCCGCUGAGCUCCCAAUUGUCCAGUCCCUGAUUCAAGCCUACAUCCUUAAUACAUUCCACAUUCUCCUCCCACUCGAGUACAUCACCACCGAGGACCUUCCUGGCGCCUACAGCUGGAACGCACGACCCUUUAAGACAUUUGCCUUCUUCCGCGAGCGCAGCAGCAGCACAUGGUCGCCGGAGGAGCUGUCGCUGUUCACCCGCGCCCUUGGAAAGAGCGUGUGUGCGCUAUGGGACCCGUGGGUGGAGCUGCCGGAGAGUAGGUGGUACUCCAUGCACACUGGCGAGGAAUGGUGCGCCGCUAUUCGUCCCCAUGUCCAAGUCCUUCAAAGAAUCCCCGGUUUGCAGCUCCCCGCUGCCACUGAAUUGACCAAAGCGCACAAAUUCGUGAAGCUCAAAGAGAUGACCAUGGCACUAGAUGACACGAGCGAGGAGAUGUGGGCCGAUUCCUGGGACCGGCUGACUCUGAAACGCAAACUGGACUUCUAUCUCACGGGGCUGGAGGGUGUCGAUAUUGCGGAGUUGAGGGCACAGUAUACUGCAGAGGAGCGGUUAGUGAGCGGGAGGCCCAGAGAUCAAGAGAGGGAAAUUGAUCUCUAG